GAGCUUCCUUUUGAAAGCUACAGAGCUGCCCUGCGCAGGCGUGGGAAGAUGGCCCACACCCGCAUCUCCAAGUACCUGCCCCCCGAUGUCAACCCCAGCCAGGCGGCCAUUGCCUACGGCUGCCGGGCGCUGCCCAAGCUGAAUGAGGAGCUGCAGUCGGAGGACCUGCUGACGAGGCAGAAAGCCCUCAUGGCUCUGUGUGACCUCAUGCAUGACCCCGAGCAUGUCUACGUGGCCAUCCACAUAGGCUGCUUGGAGAGCCUGAAAGCUUUGCUGAAGGACACCAACGACAUGGUGCGGAUCAAGACCACCGAGGUGCUCUCCAUUAUGGCAACCCACAACGUGGGCAGGGAUGGCUUUUUAGAGCAUGACAUCAUCCACGCCCUGUCCUACCUGCUGAACGACCCCCAGCCGACCUGCCGGGAGAACAUGCACUUGGCAUUCAAGCACCUGGCCCAGCUGCCUGCAGGUAGGCUCGCCCUAGGUGCUGGGACGCCCCUGGGUCUUCCGUCCUGGUCAGGCGCCUGCCACGCUGAUUACAGUCUAGAUGCCCAGAGAGGGUGGCCCAGUGCUGCCCCUGCUCCUCCGGCCCCAACACCACAGGGUGAGGAGUGCCGCUACCAGGGCUCCAGGCACGUCCUCAGCCUGACAGCCCUCAAUGGUCCCACCUGCACAGGGGACCCUCUCUCCUUAAGGCCGCUCUCUACCAACUCCAGCCCCAUCGCCGUCCCCUCUGCUGGUCCCGAGCUCACUUCCCCAGCUAAUGCGGGCGUCUGGGCCCCUCCUGGACUUCAGCUCAUGCCUUCCUCAGGCUGA